GAGGGGAUUAGAUCCCCUUCGCUUUUCGUCUUUUCCUGUUAAUUUGUGUUCAAGCUUUUUGUGCAAUAUUGAUCUGUGCAUCUAUAAAGUAAUUUGAUAUGUUCCUGGAUUUAAUGUUGUGCCUGGGCCUCUUCUUUUCUACACCAUUGUAUUCCUACUGCCAGCAUUACAUGGAUUCUUCCAGCAUGUCACCCAAUCCGACUGACAUCAGUGCCAGACUACAUGUGCGAGGCAGCACCAAACCCAAAGCAGAAGUCAGCCAUGACAUUGUGCCCUCGGCCACUGGUGAGCUGCUGGAAGUAGACGACAUUCCCGGCCACAUCGUGCAGAGAAAAGUGAUGUCAGGGAUAGUUCCUGUGCGCGGGGUCUGUGGGACUCAGCACACCUGUCUUGUUAGAAGCCACUCGGUGGGGGGAAGGGGAGGAGGGCUGGUGCAGGUGUUGCCCGGGAUGAAGGUAACCAAGUGGGAACAAGCUCCAAGAACUCUGGUUGGCGCCUGGACUGAGCUUUGGUAAAGACGUGGACGAUGUGUUCACACUGUGGGGCCGACAUUCACACCAGCGCCGUGACAAGGAUCAGUGAUCACGCUUGACGCCAACCAGCGUGGCUUGCGGACACCGAGUAGAGAGAGGGAGGGAAAGCAUCUUUCGGAGGAACUUGCCCUCGUCUGGGCGCCAUCAUCUGUCGGCACGGCGCCCGCAGGCUCAGCCAGUACUCACCCCGUGACGUCACAACUGCCGGAUUUGGUUCUUGGGAGGGUAACCCUCCAGCCACCACCACAAAGCUCGCUCGCGAGUAUGCACGCUCACAAGCGCAUUCACCGUGCAUACGCUCGCAAACAAGCACAGUCCAACAUCUGGAGGGAAGAGGGUGGUGGAGACACAGAGAGAGGGAGAGGGAGGGAGAAAGGGAGAGUAAUGGAAGAAGGAAAAAAUCUCAAGCAUCCCUCCUGGGGAACCUGACGCAAUAGAACCAGUUCUCGACUUCGGUUAUUUAUUUAUUUUUUUUUUUUUAAGUGAAGCGUGUAAAAGUUUGCGAAGGUAAAAUGCUUCGCACAAACUCCUUCAACUCGCUCUCACAACAGUCAGCAUCAACAGCGUCGACAGGGUCGUGACCUGACACGUCACACGGGGUCUCACGUGCUGAGGGGGUGGAAGGAUGUUUCUCACAAGGGUCGCGUGUCUUAGGCCUGGAGGAGGAGGAAGGUAGGGGUGUCGGUACCGUAUUAUGUCCGCACCAAACCUCACUUUGCGCUUGCGACUGGCAUCUGUUCAUCCAUGAGCAUUGCUUUGUUUACUCGCCGUGGCCGCAACCAAGCUGAUGACAACAACUCAAUGCUGGCAAAUAUUCCACAGUGCACCAGAUGGAAUAAUAAGUGAAUAUUACAACAUUCUUCUUCCAAUGUAAUUGACUUCUUUAAAAAAAAAGCGUUUUUAAUGAACUAUUUAACAAAAGGUGUUUAUCCGGAAAAUUAGACAGAGUGAUUGUCCAACCACUUCACAAAAAAAGGUGACAGGAGCAACUCUAGUAGUUAUCGAGAAAUUUCACUGUGUGAUGUUAGUAGUAAGGUGUAUGGAUUGAUAGAAAAUAGGAGAUUAAAAGGGUGGAUAGAAGAAAAUAACAUUGUAGAAUAUCAAGCAGUAUUUACAAGGGAUAUUGUCCUGUUGAUCUCGUGUUUACUGCUGGCAUGUAUACAGAAGCCAUUUGCAACGAACCGCUAACUGCACGUGGCCUUUAUUGACUUUAAAACGACUUUUGAUUCAAUUAAUAGCAAUUGGUUGUGGGGUAUCUUGUGGAAAAAUGGAGUAAAGGGUAAAUUAAUGAUAGCCAUGAAAGCAAUGUAGGAUAAUAUUAAAGUAAGAAUAAGAUGUGGCUCAAUGUUAACAGAUCACAUAAACUUGUUUAAGGAUGUCAAGCUUGGUGAUGUGUGUAGCCCUAUAUUAUUAUAUUAUUCUCCCUCUUUAGAAAUGAACUAGAUGUAAAAGGGAUUUGGAAUGGGAAACAUGGUGUCACCUUACCUAUAGAUUAUCUAGAAUUAUUUAUCUUAUUGUUUGCUGCUGCUGAUGAUGAUGUUCUGAUAUCUGAAACAGUUGUUGGAUUGCAAAACCAGCGAAACAUCUUAUGUAUUGCCUCCUCUUCGUUGGAGAAAGUAGAUUUAGAGAUGAGUAUAUAGUAGUUUUUCGUUAGGGUGGAUUCUUUUAUCUCUCCCCCCCCCACACACACACACACACUCUGUCUACCCUUCCUUUUCCCCUCCCCUUUGCCGAAAAUAAACUGUCAACCUCAACAAGUUAGGGAAGGGACAUCAAGAGUGCAGUCAGUGUUUCACUAUUUCGCUACACUCAUGUCACGCAUGUCAAUGGAAUGAAUUUGAGUGGAAGAAAGUUGACAAUAAAAUCAGAAGACUCGACCCUGGUGUCACUGGGUACCUCUGCUAGGAUGGCUGGAUGGAUAAAUAGAGAUUAUCAGCUUGACUAGGUAUUACAGUUUCGUUGCCUUAACUCAGACAGACUUAGUUCAUAGAGACCGAGUCUUUGCAGGCCGAUGACAAACUUUCAACGAACGAAGAGAAAAGUAAUCAGCAUCAAACUUAUCCUCGUGUAGUAACAGUUCAAAGUCUGAUUAGUAGUCCAUCUUGUCUGUCGCCAUUCAGACUCCCAAAUCAUUUUAUCACUUUAAGAAAUAACUUAGU